CGGCCGCGUCCACUCCAAAGCCUUGACCGGCCGGCUCAGGGGGAUGGACGACUCGCGCCUGAUCGGCGUCUCGCCGCUCAAGCUCUCUAAGCGCGCAUCCACCGACGUCGCCUUUGUCUUUGUCUUCCUCCUCUCGGUCGGCGCUGCCGUCGCGUGCGGGCUCCACGGCGCGGCGAACGGCGACCUGGAGGCGCUCACCUCGCCCCCAGAGGGCUGCGGCCCCAAGCCCGGCGCGGGCGUCGCGCGCCGCCUUCUCGCCUCCGCGCCCGACCCAGUCCCGACCACCAUCUUGCGCCACGCCUGGUACCUACUGCCGCUCACGGCCAUUGUCGCUGCCGCCGGCGGAGGGAUGGUGCUCGCGCUGCGCUCCUGUGCGCGGCCCUUUGUCUACUCUUCGAUGGCGCUCAUUCCCAUCUCGAUGGCGUCCUCCGGCGCCGCGGUGCUCUCCCAGUCGCCCCCCCUCGGCUACAUCAUGUUUGGCGUGGCGGCCCUGUACGUGCUGCUCCUCUGGUGCUCGCGCCGCGGGCUCCGUCUGUGCGCGGCGCUGCUGGAGAACGCGGCGGUCGUGCUCGUCACGCACCCCUCGCUCCUGCUGGUGUGCGGCCUCCUCCUCCUCACCACCCUCGCCGCCCUGGCGGCCGGCCUCGCCGGCCUCGUGGCGCUCUACUCGAACGGCGCGUGGGAGGGCGCCGAGCGGGGCGAGUGCGAGUGGGUGGUGCGGGACGCGGCGGAGGUGGGCUUGGCGGUGGUCGGCGUGGCGCUGCUGUGGUCGACCCUGCUCUCCGACAUGCUCCGCUUCUUCAUCGUCUCCCUCGUCACCUCGGUCUGGUACUAUGACACCUCGGCCGGCGCCGUCGACCCGUCGGCCAACACCGAGGCGCGGCGCGCGCCCGUGCGGCUCGCGGCGCGGCUCGCCUUCACCCGCUCGCUCGGCACGCUCUGCUUCUCGUCGCUCGUCCUCACGCUCGGCCAGGUCCUCAAGGCGCUCGCCAGGGACGCGGUGCGGCGCAGCGACUCGCCGCUCGUGCUGCUCGUCGCCUGCUGCCUGCGCUGCGUCGUCGAGCUGCUCGAGUUCAUCAACAAGUUUGCGAUCGCCAUGCACGCCAUCACCGGCGACGGCUUCUGUGCGUCGGGCAAGCAGGUGACGGCACUGCUCGCCAAGCACGGCCUCUCCGCCUGGUUCUGCGACCGCAUCUCGGCCUUCGUCCUCCGCACCACCGCCGUCGCCUUCGCCGCCCUCGGCGGGGUCGGCACCUACCUCGCCGUCUACUCGGGCCUCGCCGCCGACGAAGAGGACGACCGGCAGGCCGUCGCCGGCGCCUUUGGCGGAGCGGCCUUCGUGGUCGGCGCGCUGGUGCUCUCGUUUUGCUCCUCGACGCUGCUCGACGUGGUCGACGCCUCGUACACCUGCCUCGCGCUCGACCUCGACCGCGGGGCCCAGCACCGGCCGCCGAUGCGCGACGCGAUGCUGCCGAUCGUCAAGCCGGAGUACGUCCUCGUCGUCGCGCAGCCCGGCAGCGACGGCCAGCCCCGCGCCAUCGCCGUCCCGGUCGCGCCGGCGCCCCAGGUGGCGGUCGGCAUCCCGGCCGCGCCCGCGCCGCAGUGAAGGGCCGGCCGUCCGCUCGCCUCGCGUCUGCGUUUAGUGCUCCGUCUCGUCCUCUCAAGUCUCCAUCGCGUUUGGAUCUCCCGGUGGCUGAUUGAUUGUGUUGCGGCCGUCGGUUCGUGGCACGUGGGCAGGUCGUCGUGGUGACUCUGUGACUGGUGUCGUCGCCAGUGGUUCUCUCUCGCGCGCGUCGUAGCUCACCGGCGACCCAGCCGCAGCGCAGUAAUAGGAGCCGCGCUGUGGUGCGUGUCUCUAGCAGUUUUUUUUCGGAAAUCUCGGAGUACGGAGAGCGACAGCGAGCACCAAAGUCCAGAGGGUGGCUGCGUUGCCCGUCGGCCGGCGGCGUUACGGCCGUUGCAGCGAGCGGGACCAGGAGAAGGGGCAGAGAGAGCUCGUGGUCGUGCGCGGCGAACCCCUGCCCUCGUCCGGAGUCGCACGCAGUGGCGUCACGGCUCGUCGUAGACUCGGUUGCCGGUGUAGAUCGUCUCGGGCUCGAGCGAGUACUUUGUCACGUCUGCGAGCAGCGGCUUCAUCGUCUUCUCGCGAAAGUCGGACUCCAUGUACGCCUUGAAGUUGUCGAGCGAGUCAAAGACGAUCGCACCCUCGUAGGCCCACUCGGUCUUGCACACCGUGCGCACGACCUUCGUGAAGCCCUGGAUUUCCUUCGCCGCCUGAGCCUCCUCGAGCGCCCUCUUGAUUGCGAGGACCGCCUUGUCGGCCUUUGCGGCCUGGCUCUCGCCUGCG